CUCUCACUUCUCCUUCCCUCUUUCUCCUCCCUCCUCCUCCUCCCACCCUCUCUCUCUUUCUAACCUCUCUCUCUCUAGAAAAAAGAUGUUUAGAUAACACACAUACGUACACAACCAUAUAUAUAUAUAUACAUAUAAAUAGUGUGUGUGUGUGUGUGUGAUUUAUACUGUUUAUUAUUAAUUAUUCCCUAAAGAAAAGAUGAUGUUAGGAAAGAGAGGCCGUCCACCGAUGAAGAGGACAACAAGCAUGACUGAGUUCACCCUGGAUUUCACCGGCGGCGGCGCUGACGCUGUUUAUCAGCCGUUGGAUCCUCACAACCCCUUCAAUGUCGGCGCCGCCGCCGCCGCCGCCUCUCCAAGAUCCCACCGCCGCAACUCGGCGGAUUUCGUCCAAACUGCACAGUUCUUGAGGGUUUGUUUCCUCUGUCAACGCCGCCUCGUCCCUGGCCGCGACAUAUUCAUGUAUAGAGGUGAUAGUGCUUUCUGCAGCCUAGAGUGCAGACAAAACCAAAUGACACAAGACGAGAGGAAAGAGAAAAAGUGUUCAUUGGCGUCCAAGAAAGAAGCAUCAGCUGGAACCACCGCCGCCGGGAAAAAAGUCUCCGCCGCCGGCGAGACAGUCACCGCCGUGUAGAUUAGCGUAUGUAUGUUUGUAUUGUGUGUAUGUAAUGUACCCCACCACCAUAAAAAAAAUAAUAUAUGUACAUGUGGGGCUAAUAUUAUAUUCAGCUAAAGUUGAUGGCCAAAUUUUGGAAUCCAACUUAAUUAAUUGCACACAGCCCCCUGAGAAGUACUACUACUUUGUAGUACAUGUACUAUAACAUUUUGGAAGGCAAAUCAUUUGGAGAAAUUGCUCUUUUCUGUGUCAAUAAACUUUAUUUAAUUAUUAU